GCAAAAGGAUGGGUCUCUCGCCUGCAGGUCUAUUUCAGAAAAGGACUUGCUAAUUUCAACUUCAUUUACUCUCACCACCACCCAAAAAAUAAUAAAAAGCCCACAGGGGCGGGGAUGGGCGGGGUGUAAAAAGCGCAUUAAGGAACUUGUCAAGUUGAACUGUUCAGACUUGUAGGAAAUCUCUUGUUUGUCUCUCCAUAAUAUUCUCCUUUUUUUCUUUUUUUGGAGGAGGGGGGAAGCUUUGGGGGCAGGGGAAAAAAAACCUUAUCUAUCUAGCUGCUUUUUUUUAAGAAGAAGAAGAAGAAGAAGCUCUCAGGGAAGAAUAAGAGAGGGAACGGAUUCUCUUCCUCCCCAUUUCAUCUUAUAUCUAGUUUUAUAAAUUGCCCUCCCAUGUUCUGCAUCAUGAGCAAAGUAUUUGUUCUGUGCCUGUGGAUUCUCCUCCGAGUGGAUUCCCUAAUGUACCCGGCCGUCAUCCUCCCCCAAGACCCGACUCUCCGUAUCGGCUCCUCGCUCACGGCCAACUGUUCGGUUGCUGCCGACUCGAGCCUGCGAGCCGAGGACCUUUACUGGACUCUGAACGGCCGGCGGCUUCCAGCGCAGACGUACAAGGUCCUCGGCGCCAACACCCUGGGCGUCACGAUCUCUAACCUGAACGGAUCACAGCAGCAGUCGGGGGAUAACCUGGUGUGCCACAGCAAGGAAGGCGGCGGCAUUUUGGCCGGAUCGUGUCUCUAUGUAGGCUUGCCGCCGGAGAAGCCAACCAACAUCUCCUGCUGGUCCAAAAAUCUAAAGGACCUCACCUGCAGGUGGACCCCUGGGGCAGAGGGAGAGACUUACCUGCACACCAAUUACACCCUGAAGUACAAAUUGAGGUGGUACGGGCGAGACAACGUCUGCCGGGAAUAUCACACAGCCGGGCCCUACACCUGCCACAUCCCAAAGGACCUGGCCCUCUUCACGCCCUACGAGAUUUGGGUUGUAGCCACCAACCGGCUGGGGGAAUCCACUUCUGACGUUGUCAUGCUUGACAUCGUGGACGUAGUCACGACCGACCCGCCCUCGGACGUCCACGUCAACCGCGUCGGCGAUCUGGAGGACCAGCUGAGUGUCCGCUGGAGUGCCCCGCCGGCCCUGAAGGACUUCCUCUUCCAAGCCAAGUACCAGAUUCAGUACCGCGUAGAGGACAGUACCGAGUGGAAGGUAGUCGACAACGUGGGCAACCAGACCUCAUGCCGGCUCGCGGGGCUGAGGCCUGGCACGGUCUACUUUGUCCAGGUGCGCUGCAACCCCUUUGGCAUCUAUGGCUCCAAGAAGGCCGGCAUCUGGAGCGAGUGGAGCAACCCCACGGCCGCCUCGACCCCUCGGAACGGGCGGGCGCCGGGGGUCUGCGAACCCAAAAGCGGGGAGCACAACAACACAGUGCGCCGGGAGCUGAAGCAGUUCUUCGGCUGGAUGCGCAAACACGGAAGCUGCGCCAGCCUGAGCAUCAAAAUGUACGACCAGUGGAGGGUCUCACUCCAGAAGUCGCACAAAACACGGAACCAGGUAGGUCCUCUCCGGCGAUAAGUCCUAGCGGCGUCCGAAAAGGGCCCAAGAGGAGUAAAGGCAGCAGAGCGGCCAGUUCUCCCGGGUGGUGAGCCGUGGAGUCGGGCCGCGUCGCCGGAGGGGGGGGCGGCAGAACCGCGUGGAGCCACGGCGGCACCCGAACCCGCCGCGAACCGGCAAAGCAUCCGCAGGCUCCCCUUUCGAGAGCCGGAAAACAGAGAGAGCCGCAAAUAUCCCCAGCUUCCCCCCUUUUAUAUAUAUGCCGCAGGGAGAUUUUUAGGUACCACUGAAAUUUGGGGGCCGGUAUCCCAUGGCAAAGAAGCCCUUUCUCCGAGUUGAGAUACGGGGAUAAAAUCCAACCCAGAAAAGGGUCUCUGGGAUUUUGCAGCCGUCUUGUUCCGCAAACUUCUCCAAAUAAAUUUUACAAUGUGUGUGUGUUGUCCCCCCUGCCGAGUUUCCAAGUUGUUUCUAUGUGCCUUCUGGUGUGUUUCUUUCCCCCAAACCCCAUAAUCUACCCAGGCUCCAUUGGAGCCCAAAAGCUCUCCGUCCUUACCAAGAGGGUCUUCCCAAGACCACAGCAAUCUGGGCGUAGGAAAUGAUCUAGCUGGUGAGGCCAGGAAUGUCUCUAAACCGAAGAGCCCGGGCUCUGGAUGAGGCCAAAGCGUGGGGCCGAACAUAGCCCAGCAACCUGUCCUUGCAGUGGCCAAAUAGCCCCAAGGACCAAGGAAGGCAGAUAGACUGCCUCUAGACCGGGAGGUUCCACAUGAACAUAGGAGGCUGCCGAGUCUGGGCAGUGACCCAUCUUCUCCUGCAUCCUUUCCUUAUGCUGGCCAACCAAGUGCGAAACCGGCCAGCAGGAUCCAAGCACAAGAGCAGUUCUCAACCUCACAAAGACGAUUUCUGCCUGUGCUGUAGAGGGAAGCGAGGGUCCGGUGGGUCUUGUUUGCCUGGGGAGGGAGCCCAUCUAGGAGUAGGAAAACCCUGAUCGUAAACCUCUGCUGCUUUGCGGGAUAUCUGAGAUCCAGCGCCGAGGGCCUUCUGGAGGUUCCCUCACUGCGAGAAGCCAAGUUACAGGGAACCAGGCAGAGGGCCUUCUCGGUAGUGGCACCCACCCUGUGGAAUGCCCUUCCACCAGAUGUCAAAGAGAAAAACAACUACAGCACCAGACUUUUAGAAGUCAUCUGAAGGCAGCCCAGAUGGGUGGGGUUGUUGUUGUUUAGUCGUUUAGUCGUGUCCGACUCUUCGUGACCCCAUGGACCAUAGCACGCCAGGCACUCCUGUCUUGCACUGCCUCCCGCAGUUUGGUCAGACUCAUGUUCGUAGCCUCGAGAACACUGUCCAACCAUCUCGUCCUCUGUCGUCCCCUUCUCCUUGCACCCUCCAUCUUUCCCAACAUCAGGGUCUUUUUCAGGGAGUCUUCUCUUCUCAUGAGGUGGCCAAAGUAUUGGAGCCUCAGCUUCAGAAUCUGUCCUUCCAGUGAGCACUCAGGGC